AAUAUAAACUGAUUUCCUUAGCAAAAUAAAGAAAAGCCGCGAAAUAUUUUUGUAUUACAGAAAUUUGGUGCAUUAUCUCUUGAUUAAUAACACAAUAGUGCUUGUAAAGCCUUGGAAACGAAGCAGCUAUGAUGAAAACAGAGAAAAAGGUUAUCAUCAGAGUAGAAUCUGAGGAGCAGGAUAAUGCCAAAAAUAGUAGAAGAACUAUGAAAGUUAUACAGCAUGCCGCUACAGAUAAGGAAAAUUUGGUAGGAAGGCCACAAAUUCUUAAAGAUGCUAAAGCUUCUGUAUUGGAGAAACGCAGAAAGUUAUUAAUGCAGAGUAAAAGCACUCAGACAGGAGAAUGUGUUAUCACUGCCGAAGAUCUCACGUCUGAUGAACCUAGUACCGAUUAUUGGCGUAAACUUGCUGAAACGAGAGGCGAAUCAUUGAAUAGAAGCAUGCAGGAAAAUGAGAAGCUGAAAGAAGACAUCGAAGCUCUCCAAGAGGAGAACAAGAUUUGCAAGGAGAUGCUAGAAGAGUCUAAGAAUCUAGUAGAUGUGCUUCAGGAAUUGCUGGAUGAAAAGGACGAAGAUGACGAUAUUGGCGAAAAGGCCACAUAAAACAUACCAUAUUUAUUUAUAAUUUAAGUAGUUAGCAUCACGAAUCUUUUUUACAAAAAUGAAACUUUCAAAUAGUUACGACGGAGUAGUGUUUAAAGCGUUUUUGAAAUGAUUCCAUAAAUUUUGACUGUACCUAUUUUUAUAAGAAGCAAUAAA